UGGGUGCGCCUGGUCACUUGGUUGACGUAGUUAACAUGGGGAGACUGCGCAUCCUUUUACUGCUAGUGGGGCUACACGCCCUUCUGGCCUCUGGCACUGAGAAAGGACAGAAAGUUGUAUGCUACUUUUCAUCGUGGGCUGUGUACAGACCUGGGAAUGGCAUGUUCGAUGUGGAUAAUGUUGAUCCGUUCCUCUGUACCGAACUCAUCUUUGGCUUCGCUGGCCUGAGUAACCACACCUGGGAAAUCGAGGUGCUGGAUCCAUGGAAUGAACUCUGCCCUGACGAAGAUGGUGGUGAUCACUGUGCCUACAACCGCUUCACUGCGCUCAAGGAAAUUAAUCCUGACCUGACCGUUCUCUUGGCCGUCGGGGGCUGGAAUGAAGGCUCUGAGGACUAUUCCGUGAUGGCGGAAGACCCAGAAAAGAGGAAGACCUUCAUCAACAGUUCGGUGGCUCUGGUCAGGAAACACAAUUUUGACGGACUCGAUGUUGAUUGGGAGUACCCAGCUUUUCGAGGAGGCAAACCUGAGGACAAGGAGAACUUCGUGACGUUAUUGACCGAGUUCCGGGAAGCAUUUGACAAGUUCAGUCCCCCUUUGAGGUUGACGGGGGCUCUCUCUCCAGGCAAACCGACCAUUGACGACGCCUAUAAUGUCCCCGCGCUGGCCAAGGUGUUCGACUUGGUGAACGUCAUGGGAUACGACUACCAUGGAGCCUGGGAGAACUUCACUCACCACAACGCUCCUCUCUGUGGCUACUACCUUGACUGGGGCGAGUUUAUCUACUUCAAUGUGAUCUACACGAUAAACUACUACAUUGAUUUGGGGAUGCCGCCUGAGAAGAUGGUGUUAGGGAUCCCUGCUUACGGCCGCUGCUAUACCCUGGAUGACAUCGAUAACCAUGGCAUGCUGGCACCCGCCAGCGAACCCGGACCCGCGGGACCAUAUAUUCGAAUCCCUGGCACGCUGGGAGCCAAUGAGAUCUGUGAACGAUUGCUGACCGACGAUACUUGUACUGUGGUGCACGACCCAGCCCUCCACGAGCCAUACUUCUACUGCAGGAGUGACAACAUCUGGUGCAGCUACGACGAUGUUGACUCUGUUUACCUCAAGGCUCGGGCAGCAAGGAACGCGGGACUGGACGGGGUAAUGGUUUGGACUGUCGAUACAGAUGACUUCCACGCUUUCUGUAGUGACAAAGACUUCCCCCUCAUCAAAAGCAUGAAACGAGCCAUACAGGAGCCUCCUAGCGAUGAUUCUGUGAUAUGCAAUGCCACCGCCAGCACCACUACCACAACUCCCACCACCACGACUCCCACCACCACAACUCCCACCACCACAACUCCCACCACCACAACUCCCACUACAACAACUCCCACCACCACAACUCCCACUACAACAACUCCCACCACCACAACUCCCACCACCACAACUCCCACCACCACAACAACUACCACUCGCACUACUACUGAAAGUACCACCACAGAGCACAUACCAGUAACUACUCGGAAACCUGUCAUGAAACCAAAUUGUACAGGAGUUCCAGACGGCCAUUGCUUCCCUCACCCUGACUGCAAUAAGUUCUGGGAGUGUAUAAGCGGAGCCUCUAUAGUGAUGAUGUGUGCCGGUGGGACUGUGUGGGACGACACCAAGAAAUCCUGCGACUGGGAGGAUGACGUGGACACCUCCGGCUGUCACUUGUGGACGUGUCAGGUGGAUAACAUCUACUACCCCGCUGCUGACUGUAACCAGUACUACUGGUGUUACCAAGGCUCCCCUCAUAUGGAGACGUGUGCCGAUGGCCUCUACUGGAACCAAAACAUCCCUUCGUGUGACAGUCCCGCCAAUGUCAACACCGAUGAUUGUAACCCCGUAUGAGUUACCAGCUGUCCAUCACCAGUAGCAGUAGACACACACAACAUGGCUAUUAUUAUCGCCAACAUCGCGUAUAAUAAAUGAGUGGCUUUUGUUUUUUGCCUUUUUUCCAGCGCGUGUGUGUGUGUGUGUGUGUGUGUGUGUGUGUGUAUGUGUGUGUGUGUGUAUAUGAAUUAUAGUGCAUUAAUAACUGCUAUAUGAAGGAUGAGUUGGUAUUGUGAGUCGUUAUUGGUAGUUGACAGCAGAAGUCUGGUUUUCACUCGCGCCUGUGUGUCUCAGGAUGACAAUAAGAAAGACCAAUUAAUAACACAACAA